AAAGCAUUGCACCACAAUUAUUCCCUCAAAACCAAGCAACAAGACCAUCAUCACCUCCAUCCACUCUCUCCUCUCUCUCUCUGUUUCUUUCCACUGAAAAGAAAAGGAAAGGAAGAGGAGAGUGGAACGGCGACAAUGGCGAACCUCCUCUUUCUCCUCUUCUUGUUCUUCCUUCAAGUUUCUAGCCUCUCCGCGGAGACUUUCUUCACCGACCCUGAGCCUGCCUCCAUCCAGAUCAUCCCCUCCACCGCCGCCGCCGCCGCAGCAUCUUCUCCUCCGGCCACCAUUCCUGCGUUCCCAGAGCAGUCGGACGUUUCGGCCACCGGUUGCCCACUCGACCCGCCCGCGGACCUACUUCCCGUCGUGUCCGCCUCGUGCUCGGUCUCCGAAGAUGACAACGGCGGCCCCUCGCGUUCCCGGUGCUGUCCCGUGCUAGAGGCCUGGUUCCUCGCGGCCUACUCUGCGUCCGCGCUCGCCGCCCGCGCGCCGCUCCCUGCCGCCGCCGCAGCCGGUCUCGACAUGCCCGCGCUGCCCGACGACUCCGAGUCCUGCAUCGGCGGCGUCGAGCGCGCGCUCCGCGACCGCGGGGUCGACCUCCCGCGCGCCAACGAGACCUGCGACGCCGCCUACUGCUUCUGCGGCGUCCGCCUCCGGCGGAUGGUCUGCCCGGGGGCGUUCGUGGCCGAGGCCGGGCGGUGGGUCCCCGCCGGCGGCGCCGCGCGGCGGCUGGAGAAGGACUGCGCCCGCCCAGGCUUCGCCGCCUGCAACCGCUGCCUCCGCUCUCUCAACCAGCUGAAGGCCAAAUCGAAGCGAUCCGGGAGGAGCAACGCCCCCAAAUCCGCCGCCAAGCCAGCGCCGGCGCCGACUCACGGUCGGGAAUGCCAACUGAUGGGAGUGACGUGGCUGCUCUCCAAGAACCGGACCCACUCCCUCCCCGCCGCCACCUCCGUCCUCCGUGUCCUCAUGGCGGCGGACGCCGCCAGCGCUUCCGACCCCGCCUCUUGCUCUCUCUCCCUCGACGACAUGCCGCUCGCCGUCGGAUCCCACCAGAUCAGCAACCACGGUGGCUCCUCCGCCGUCCGUUCCCUGCCCUUCCUCCUCCUCCUCCUCCUCCUGUGGCUCCUCCCACUGGCGGCGUUUUACGGCUAGUUAAUCCCCCCCUACUAUGUCCUUUCCUAUAUAUGUGAUAGCAAAAAUGAUAGAUAUUCGUUAAAUUAUGGGUUAGAUUUAGGCAUGUAAUGAGGUUAUUUUUGGCCAAUUAUGAAUUCCGUCGUGUGCUUCCAAGA